AUGGCUCGCCCGCGCUCACGGCCUACAUCAAGGCACUCUAGCGACUUUCUCUCACCCACUCGCACCCUCUCGCUGUUCACCAUGGCAGGCGUCGCCGCUGCCCAGUCCUCCUCCCUCCCUCAGAUCGACUUCUCCUCGCUCGGCACCGUCGCCGUCGUCGGCAACUUUGCCGGUCUCUCCCUCUACGACCCAUCAAACCCGCCGCAGACCUACGACAGCCGCGCAUCGACCUUGCUCGCCCGGACCGCCGACGGCGACCUGCGAAGAAUUGGCGCAACAGACGAUGGCGGGAGCAUCUCUGCCAUCUGUCAGUCACCUGAUAAGAUCGUGUUCGUCGGCGGGAACUUUACGUCAAUGGGCGGAGUAGCGGCAGCCAACAUUGCGGGCUACAACUCGUCGAGCGAGAUGUUCUUUGCGCUGGGCGACGGGCUCAAGGGCGAGGUGCGGACGCUCUCGUGCAACGGCACGACCGUAUAUGCAGGAGGCGAGUUUACGGGAUCGAUGGGCGGACCGAAUGUUGCGGCGUGGUCGACGAGCCAGAAGGCCUGGACGGACUUGCCGCUGUACGGGUUUAAUGGGGCGGUCGAGUCGAUCCAGCCGUCCCAGGACGGUCGAUCGCUCUUCUUUGGCGGCGCCUUCUCUACCACCUUCAGCAACUCGUCAUCGGCCGGCCCGCCCGCCAGCUCUUCCUCGUCGCCUUCGUCGACCGACUCCUUCCCCUCUCUCGGCUCCUCCCUCACGCCUAUCUCGCUCAAUUCGUCCGACUACUGGGCUUCACCGACAACCUGGGAGUCCGGUUUCGGCCGCCCGCAGUAUAUUUUCUGCCCGCGCCACGCGGACGGGGUCGGCGCGAGUUGGCUGCUUGUCGACGGCCAGGCUGGGUUCUUCAUCGCGAGGAUGUAUCGGCAGUUGAACGUCAGGGGCAUCAGGCUUGGGAACACGUUCUAUGAAGGCCGGGGGACGAAGAACUUUUCCGUUGUCUCAAUCCCCGACGACCAAGUCCUCGAGCUCACAUACGCGAGCGACCCAUCAGACCCGUCCUCGCCCCUCGUCACCUGCUCCUCCGACUGCCCGCUCGCGCACAACGCCUCAGUCCCGUACCAGGACUUCCUCUUCCCCGAAGGAACGUCCCUGACCGGCUUCCAGCUCAACAUCUUCGGCUGGUACGGCGCCGGCGGAGGUCUGCAUCUCUUGCAGCUCCUCAGCGAGGGCUCGUACGCCUACGCCGUCGCGGACGACAACCUCUCGCCCUGCGCGAAUGGACUCGGCGCCUCGACGCAGGCGAGCGUCUCGACUUCGGGGCCGUGGACUAAGACGAGCGUCACGACGUCGAUUGCGGGCACGACGCAAGAGGUCUUGGUUGCCAACGUCGAGGGCGGGAGCGGCACGAAGAACGCGCCCAGCAUCACUUGGCAGCCUUACGUCGCCGAGCCCGGCCAGUACGCCGUCUACUUUGUCACGCCCGGCUGCACGCAAGCCGGUACCUGUGGCCAGCGAACGUCUGUUCUCGUCACCGCGACGCCGAAAGGCGGCUCGGCGAACGAGACGACUGUCGACCAGACGAACGCGCAGGACCAGUCGACGCUCAUCUACAACGGCACGCUCGACGCUGGAGCUGACAGUCUGUCGGUCAAGAUGACGCUCGCUCCGAACGGCGCGCUCAACGCCGGAACGACGUAUCAGAUCGUCGCGGACUACGUCAACCUCGUCGCGGCGUCGACGAACGGUUCGUCCGUCCGUAUCGAGCGCGGGUUCGGCCUGUACGAGUACCCGCUCGUCGACUCGGGCGCGUUCGGCGACGCUGUCCCAACUGCGCAGGCGACGAGCGUCAACGCCUCGUCCACCUUGACGAACGCCACGGGCCUUGACGCCGUCUCCUUCCGCCUCGACCAGGGCGCCGUCGUCAACUCGAUCGUCACCGUUGGCACCGGCUCGGACGCGCAGGUCUUCAUCGGCGGCAACUUUACCUUCUCGAACAACUCGCAAGUCUCGCACAACGUCCUCGCGUACAAGCUCGACCAGGUCAUUGUCGCUCCGAAUGGCGGCCUCAACGGGAACGUCAAUAGCCUCGUCGAGCUCAACGGCGCAGUCUACGCCGCGGGAACGUUCACGGCGUCGCAGGACAAUGCCGUCUCUGGCUUGCGGGGCGUCGCCAAGUGGAACUAUUCGAGCUCGACGAGCAAGGCGUGGGAGCCUCUCGGCAACGUGCCCUCGGUGGGCGGGACGAUCCAGCAGCUCGCGGCUGUCGGAAGCGGCGACAACGCUGCGAUCGUCGCUGCCGGAGCUGGCGGAUCAGGACUCGCCUUCUACAAUCCGGCCAGCUCCUCCUGGAACUCGACCGCAGCGGGUCUCUUCCUCGGCAACCUGACGGCGGUUGGAACUGCGGCCGCGCCGACCAGCUCGAACGCGACGACUUACCUCGCCGGCAACAUCCUCGCGGCCGUCAAGAACGGCGCCCCGGGAGGAGCGGUCCUCAGCAGCGACAAGCACGGCAUCCCUCAGCUCUCGUCGUUCGGCUUCGGUUUCAACGGGUCGUCUAGCUUGUCGAACGCCUCGGCAGCGUCGAGCAAGUCGACCGCCUCACGCCGAGCACUCAUCCGCAAGAGCGCCCCACGCCUCGCCCUCGAGCCCCGCGCUCAGCCCGCCUCGUCCGUCAAUCUCACGCUUCCUUCGCCAAUCCAAGCCAUCGCCGCGACGGGAAGCGGCGACCAGCUCCUCGCAGGCGCGUUCUGGAAAAACGGCUCUACCAACCUCAUGCUCGUCGGCGGGUCCUUUGCUUCGUCAGCCGGCGUUGCGAACCUCGGCGCCUACGACACGAAGGCUCAGACGCUCUCGGCUUUGCCAGGCGAGUCUGUCACCGGGACGGUUACGACUCUCGACGUGAUCGGCGACACUCUUUGGGUCGGCGGCAACUUCACGACCGUGUCGGGUCGCCAGGGCUUUACGACGUACGACUUGCAGCACACGACGCCUGACGACAGUCAGCCGCCCCUAUCAGGUUGGGCGGGUACGAACGCCACCGUCAACGCCAUCGCACAGCGUCCCGGCUACGACGAUCAGGUCAUCGUCGCUGGCGCUUUCGCAUCGGCCGGUUCGCUCUAUUGCGCGAGCGUGUGCCUUUGGGACAACAAGAAGCUCCAGUGGUCCUCGCUUGCGACCGGCUUGCAAGGCGUUGUUGGCGCGAUCGACUUUGCUGGCGACAAGAGCGAGUACUUGAUCGCGGCCGGCAACUUCAUCCUGAACGGGGAGACGCGCUACAUCGCCCGCUGGAGCUUCAAGAACUCGACAUGGCUCUCGCUUGGUGCCGCCAACGACCUGCCUGGACCAGCGACUGCCGUCUCGGCCGACGACCACAACGAGGACAAAGUCUUCGUCGCCGGAUCUUCGACAUCCGGCACGCUUUACCUCCGCUAUUGGAACGGCACGACGUGGUCGGACAUUACGAACAACACCCUCGGCGCCGGCUCCGGCAUCCAGCAGCUCGCCUUUGUCCCGCUGUCGAACAACCACGCGGCGAACAAGGUCGUCGAGUCGGACCGCAUGCUCCUCGUCUCGGGCGUCCUCCAGAUCAACAACACGGCCGUUUCGUCUGCCCUCUAUGACGGCGAGUCGUGGUAUCCUUACCUCAUCGCGACCUCCGCCACCGGCUCAGCCGGCAUCAUCGCGAAGCUCUUCUACUCCGUCUCCAACUUCUCCCUCAGUGGCGGCCACCACCUCGCAGCCGGCCUCGUCAUCCUCAUCUCCAUCGCCAUUGGUCUCGGCCUCGUCUUCCUCCUUGUCCUGAUCGGCCUUCUCAUCGCCCUCGCCCGCCGCAAGGACGAGCCGCAGUACCCACCGCCUGACGCACGACGCGGCUACGAGUCGGGCACGGAGACCUCAAGCAUCAACGGGCUGCACCGGCCAAAUUCGCUGUUGCAAACGGUUGGCGCGGCGACGGCCGUCCUGCUCGACCCGAAGGGCGAGAAGGCGGUUGACCACGACUCGCUGAACGGCGGAGCGGCAGGUGGCAGCCUCGACGACGGCGCACUCGGCUACGGGUCCGACUACGGCGACGACGCGGAACCGUCGACGGCGCUCGCGCGGUACUCGUUCCACGCGGAGCACCCCGGCGAGUUGACAAUCUCCACGAAUGAGCAACUCACCAUCCUCGAGUCGUCGGACCCGAACUGGUGGAUGGUAGCCAACAGCCAAGGCCAGCGUGGUCUCGUCCCGCUCUCAUACCUCGCCUGA